CGACACCCAGCCUAAAAACAUUAAGUAUUUUAAGCAUAAUACGCUUUUGAAAUUGAAACCUGAAUUAAAAUAUAUAAAAUAUACAUUUGCGUAUUUUAAAGUAAUUAAGCCAGAAAACGCCUUAGGCUCUAUUUAUAGAGACUGGUAAUCCAUAGUCAAGUAGUAGUUUUCUGUACUCUGCCUUGGAAAUAUUGACUCCAAAAUAUUGUACUAGAUUUUUGUUGCCGUAUUUUCAGAUGAAUAUUAGCAAAAGGGCAUAUCCAGUGAGGGCAAAAAUGAGAUGGUAAACUAUCUUGCUUGAAGUAUGGUUGCAGGAAUUGGUGGAAAAAGACCCGGGGAAAUUCUGAUAGCUUUCAAGUAUGUGAUGAAAUAGAGAAAGCGAAACUGAGGAAAUGAACAAGAUAAUUUAGGAGUAGGAAUGUUUAGGGAUAACUUCGGAAUUAGCCCACAAAACGUUUCCUGUCAGGUAGUAAGCUCCCAGCAAUGAAAGUGCCCGCUUAAAUCUCUGUGAGAUACUUUCCUGUUUCAAGAUUUUAGCUUUACUGGCUUAAAGAACUUAGAUUGACACUGUAGGACUGUGGUUUGCAGAGGCAGGACUUGGUACUUACCCAGUUGAUACCAGGUAAUUCUAAUACAUUACAGGGAUCAGCAAACUUUUUUUCUGCAAAAUGCCAGAUAGUAAUAUUUUAGGCUUUGCAUGCCCUAUGGUCUCUGUAGCAUCAACUCUAUUGUUGCAGUGCAAAGUAUUGUUGACAUUAUGUAAACACAGUUUGUUAGCUGUGUUCCAAUAAAACUUUAUUUACAAAAGCAAGUGGUGAGUUAGGUUAGGCCAGUGGGUCAUAAUUUGACCACCCUUGCCUUAGUAAUGAAAUCUAGAAAUAGAGUUCUAAUCUAGAGAAAAGCUUUCAAUUUAGAGAUUAAAAAAACAGGUUGUCAAGAUGUCAUUGUCUUCUUGUUCUGAAAGAGUACACAUCAAGUGUUCAAAAUAGUGAAUUGCCUGAUGAAUUAAGAAGUUUUCCAAUAUAACAGUCAGAUGACAAUGGAGAAUCUGAUACUAUUUUUUAUGCUUCAUUUCUGCUACUUGUGUUGUCCUUAAAAGGUCAUUACUUCUGCUGGGCAGUACUGUCUACCCAACUGGACCGCUAAUGCAGACCCUGUCCUUACCAACAAGUUAACGCAGGUUCAGACCUUCUGAGAACCGAAAGAUUUUAAGUACUUUCUUCCUAGACACACUAACUUUUAACAGUAAUUUUAACAUCAGAUGAAAGAAGUAAACAGAAAUCUCUGGUUAUCUAGGCAUCUAUGGUCACAUAUUUUUUGCUCCUAAGGUCAUACAGCAGAGCCUUUCAUAUUACCUAUUAGUCUGUUGGUCUUUAGUUUAUAGUUUGUAAAAUGGUGGUCACGUGUCAACUCUGACUACAAGAGGAGAUGCCACUAUCAUCAGGCGGGUUGGCCUUCACUGAGAAGUGACCAUUGACUGCUAGAAAACAAGGAAAUGGGAAGCAUUCAGCAUCCUGUGGUUGUUGGCUUUAGGGUCAGAAAUGUACCUCGAAGUCUCCACCAAAUUUCUCAGUAAUCCUGAAGAGCUUGCUAUUUAUGUUUUAAUAUAGCACAGUAAUUGGUGCUUAUAAUGAGACUGUAAUUCAUUAAAAAAGUAAAUUGUGAAUUGUGCACAUGCACACACACACUCUUCUAAGAAAAUAGGACUGCUCUAUUUUGAGCAGUCCUCAAAUUGAAAUAACUUAUUUCAAUAUAUAGAAAAUGAGGAUAAGUGAAAACAGUUUAUUUACUGAGUUCCGGAUAGCAGUGAUUUAUUCGUCAGUUUGCAUAUGCGUCUUUAGUCCUGGCAUUCUGAACUCAAAACCCCAAAAGAGUGGUUCCUUGACCCUUAAAAUGUUUUAUUUUUAGUAAAUACGUUUUUAAUUCUGUGACCUCAAACCUCUCAACUACAUUAGUAUUUCAUAAUUUUACAGUGGUUUAUCCCCUCUAUUGCUUUAAAUUUAAUAAUUUCAUCUUCUUUAUCAGUAUUUAAGUUUUUCUGUAGUUUAAAGGCAUUUUUAUUUAAAAUUUCAUAUAUUCUGAUUCCUUAAUUUUAGGGAUUUUUCUCUAGACAAUUGAGAAUAUGUAAUUUUAUACUUUAAUGUUUAUUUGAUUAUAACCUACCUUUGAAAAACAAUUUUUAAAGAAAUCUGAGAGAAUUAAAAAAAUCAUUUUAAAAGCAUCAUGUCAUCUUUAGCUCAAAAUACUUCAGAGACAUUUGUUUUUUGUUGUUGUUUGUUUGUUUGUUUGAGACAGGGUCUUCCUCUGUCGCCCAGGCUGGAGUGCAGUGGCACCAUCACAGCUUGCUGCAGACUUGACCUCCCAGGCUAAAAUGACCCUCCCACCUCAGCCUCCUGAGUACCUGGGACGAUAGGCAUGUGCCACCAUACCUGGCUAAUUUGUUUGUUUGUUUUGUAGAGAUGAGGUCUUGAGCCCAGGCUGAUUUCAAACUCCUCAGCUCAAACAGUCCUAUAGCCUCAGCCUCACAAAGUGCUGGGAUUACAGGUGUGAGCCACAGCCCCCAGCCCAGCAUCUCCUUUUUACUGGUGGUGUACAACAUAAAAUUCAGAAUUCAAACUGUAGCAUGGUUUUACAUCUGGCCCCUACCUGCCUUUCACCUCUCCUUCUUUGUUACAUACUCUACCUAUUCCCAUGCACUUUAGACUCAAGUAAUAAAAACAGCUUGUAUUGCUAGGAACAGGCCGCAUUCUUUCAUGGUCUGACACUCUUGUGGCAAUCUAGAACACCUUCCUAUAGGCCGUCUUACAUUCAGAUCUUACCCUCUCUGAAAUUUUUAAUCUGUAAUAUUCUACUGAAACCUUCCCUAAUCUCAGCCUUUUCCAUUGUUCAUGUUCUGUCUUGCAACAGUUAUCACAUUGUUAAGGUUGUUUCCCCAGUGAACUAUGAGUCCCCUAACAGCAGAAGGAAAGGCAUCUUUCUUACCUUUGUUUUUGUGCCAUACUUAGCCUAGAACCUGACGUUAAGCAGGUACUUAACAAAACAAAAAAACGAGUGGAGAGAGAUAAGAAGGGAUUCCUGACACCUCAGCUGGAGAUAGCGGUAACAUUUAAGUAGGAAUCUGGGGAACUGGAAGCUGCUGGGAAAGCACCGCGCCAGCAUCUGAGUCCCCUCCAUGCUCUUCCGGGAUUGUGUGCGGGCCUUGCUGCCUUCAGCUAUCAGCACUUGAAAUAGAACUUUGUGACGCUCCUUACUUGCCUUCUCAGUGAAAAAAACAAAAACCUUUUCUACCCUACCUGGUGCCAGCACUGUAUAAUUCCCAAUAAGCUUGAAAAGAACAUGUUGGUAAUACUUUACAAGUUCAUUGCUAAUGUUUGACAUUUAUUAAGUGCUUACUGUGUGCUGAUCUCUAUGCUUAGGUAUUUUUCAUAUAUCACCUCAUCCAAUCUUUACAACAAUACAAUGAAGUAGAUGCCAUUAUUAUCCCAAUUUAACAAAUGAAGGAAAAAUGAAGUUCAGUGACAUGAACUAAACUGCCCAAGGCCAUACAACCAUUGACUAAGGGAGCCGAAACUUGAAUCUAGUGUAGAUUCAAAUUAGAGCUCAUUCUCUUAUUCACUACCAGUAAAUAUUGCAUGGCCAUAACUGAAACCCAAAUAACAGCAUGGUUAUAGUGUGGGCUUUAAGAUCAUCCAGACCUGGUGGAUUCAAAAUCCAUUUAUUGGAGGCAAGUGACUUCACUUCUGAUCUACAGUUUUCUCAUGUAAAAUGAUAAUAUCUACCUCAAAAGAGUUACUGCCCACCCAAGUACAUUGUGCAUACUAAAAAAGCAAAUGUUAGUUUCAUUUGCCAUUCUACACUUCUCUUUAUUUGAACCCUGGGGUAAUAGUUUGUACAGAAUAAGGCCUGGCAUGAGAAGACAAAUAACCAUCUGACAAAUAAGAAAGCUGUCAUUCUGUCUACAGAAUGUCAACCAGUGCCUGCCUUCCAGGAUCAACAAGGGUUUUCUUACCAUAAUCACAUUUAUUCUCUUAAUGAAAAGGGUGUGUCUUGAGUAUUUCAUAGUUAAUUACCCAUAAAUGUAAAAUAAGGAAUAAAACCAGUGAUCUGUCUGCUGUACUAACUAGGCUUCUUUCUUGGGAAUACUUAGGGAACAAAUGAGGUUCCCUGUGGGUUAUUUAUUACAUAAAGUGGUUGCUCCCAUAGCUGCACAACUGACCUGUCAGUGCCAUUCAGCAGAGAAGUCAUAAACACAGCUGCUGUUUUUGUGUGGUUUGUGGUUUUGGUUUUGUUUUCAUUUGAACUUUUUUAUGCAGCAUGUCAUCAUUUAAAAGUAGUCAUUUGGCGUUUUCCCUUGCAUUCUUCAAAUUUUUUGUAUGUUUUAAAAAACUUAAGUCACUUCUAUAAUCGUUCACACAGAUUGAUCCAUCUGUUCUUUUUACUAGCCAAUGAAUUUUUUUUACAUAUAGGAAAUAAGACAAUUAUUUUAAAUUCUAUCAUUUCAGUGGAUCUCUAAGUUUGAAGAAAAAUAGUUUCAACUAUCAAACAUAAUUUUCUUAUAUUCUUCACUGUUUCCAGUUAAUUUCUGUAUAUCCAUGGGUUGGAAAAGGCUGAAAAUUUCUGCUAUUCCUACUCUUCACAUCCUUCAUCUGUUGCAACUCUGAAGCCUACAUAAUUAUUUGUUUGUAACCAAGAAGUGGUACAACAUAAACAUCUAAUCAGUUAGGCCCUAUUGCUCUCUUUAAGUCACACGGGGUAUGAGGUGGAGGUGGAUUAAAGGGGGCAGGCAUAGAUUCAGGGAGACCAUUCAGGCCUUUGUAGUGGUCUGGACAAGACAUAGUGAUGGCCUCAUCCAGGGUACUAAGCAUGGUAGAGAUGGAAUGUCGACAGAAUGGAAAGAGAAUUAACCAAGCUUGUUGAUGGGUCAGAUGUUGAUUGGUGUGUGAGAGACAGAGAGAGGAGUCAGGGACGGCUGGUUUCCUCCCCUCUGCUUGUGUUUGUUCAACUGUUGCUCAUCUGUAAAGGAUUCAGUGUGUGUUACCUACUAUGGGAAACCUUCCCACCCCAACCUCGAUGACCCCACACUAGGUGCUUUUGUAGUCCAUGGUGGCAUGUAUUCUGUUUUGUAACUGUGGAUUUAAUUACCCCACACACAGCGUACACAUAAUCUUCAUAUUAUUUGCUUUGUCUUGUGAAGGCAAGGGCCAUGUCUAUCUUAUUCAUCAUUAGAUUCCCACACCUAACAGGGUCCUGGGGACAGCACCAAUGCGCUUUCAGUGAAUAAGCAAACUGUGUCGUUUAUAGCUGUUACCUGCAAUACCUGAUAGACUACGCAAGUGUGGUAGGUUAGCUGGACCUUCUUGAUUCAUUUCUCUAGUUUAACUUUCAUUUUUUUCUUAUUUGGUAUCUCUCAUUUUGCCUUUUGAUAUACUCUUACAGAUUUGCUCACUGAAUAAAAGAAAAUACAGUUAUAAACAGCAAUAAGUAAACUUGUGUUUUAUGGAUUUUGAUAGUAUCUUCUAAAAGAACCCCCAAGAUCGUUGAUGUCUAAAAAAAUUAAGGGCUUUCAACUCAUAAGAACAUGUAAUAGUUUUUAAAAUAUUACAAACUGGUUGGAGCAUUGCACUAACAGAGAGUCAUGAAUCUUAUUUAUAGGUAGAUUUAUUUCCAUCAGAAGUAUUAGGACUAGGUUAUUUGAGAAAGUAGAUAGAUCAUUACAAAUUCAUCAUCAUACUUCAAGGAAAAAUCAUUGAUAACACUUUAUAAUAUUGUGAAUAUGUACCUAAAUCACACUUUAAGAACAGAAUGUCUAAGAUGCCACCUAGAUAAGAAUCAACACAAAAAGCAAAAGGGAAAUUACAAAGAUUGAUUUAAGAAAGAAAAAAAGACUAAGCCAUAUAAUUUCUCAUUAUUACAGGUCGAGGACAGGCAGUGAAAAAGGAAAAGGAUUUGACUUCUGUAGACAUGGUUUUACUUAACAUAGGAGCAGUGGACCCAUGUCUAAAGGAUUCUUUCUGGCCCAAGUUCUGUGUUCCAUAAGAUAGAAGAGAAUGAUAAAGGUUUCUGCUUUGGGACAACCAUCCAUCUAAUUCCUUAAAAUAGUUUUAUAUGUAAAAUUUGCAAAGAAUCAGAACAAUGCCUCCACGACCAUCAUCAGGCGAACUGUGGGGUAUCCACUUGAUGCCCCCAAGAAUCCUCGUAGAAUGUUUACUACCAAAUGGAAUGAUAGUGACUUUAGAAUGCCUCCGUGAGGCUACACUAGUAACUAUAAAGCAUGAACUCUUUAAAGAAGCAAGAAAAUACCCCCUCCAUCAACUUCUUCAAGAUGAAUCUUCUUACAUUUUCGUAAGUGUUACCCAAGAAGCAGAAAGGGAAGAAUUUUUUGAUGAAACAAGACGACUUUGUGACCUUCGGCUUUUUCAACCCUUUUUAAAAGUAAUUGAACCUGUAGGCAACCGUGAAGAAAAGAUCCUCAAUCGAGAAAUUGGGUUUGCUAUCGGCAUGCCAGUGUGUGAAUUUGAUAUGGUUAAAGAUCCAGAAGUACAGGACUUCCGAAGAAAUAUUCUGAAUGUUUGUAAAGAAGCGGUGGAUCUUAGGGAUCUCAAUUCACCUCAUAGUAGAGCAAUGUAUGUCUAUCCUCCAAAUGUAGAAUCUUCACCAGAAUUGCCAAAGCACAUAUAUAAUAAAUUAGAUAAAGGGCAAAUAAUAGUGGUGAUUUGGGUAAUAGUUUCUCCAAAUAAUGACAAGCAGAAAUAUACUCUGAAAAUCAACCAUGACUGUGUGCCAGAACAAGUAAUUGCUGAAGCAAUCAGGAAAAAAACUCGAAGUAUGUUGCUAUCCUCUGAACAACUAAAACUCUGUGUUUUAGAAUAUCAGGGCAAGUAUAUUUUAAAAGUGUGUGGAUGUGAUGAAUACUUCCUAGAAAAAUAUCCUCUGAGUCAGUAUAAGUAUAUAAGAAGCUGUAUAAUGCUUGGGAGGAUGCCCAAUUUGAUGUUGAUGGCUAAAGAAAGCCUUUAUUCUCAACUGCCAAUGGACUGUUUUACAAUGCCAUCUUAUUCCAGACGCAUUUCCACAGCUACACCAUAUAUGAAUGGAGAGACAUCUACAAAAUCCCUUUGGGUUAUAAAUAGUGCACUCAGAAUAAAAAUUCUUUGUGCAACCUAUGUGAAUGUAAAUAUUCGAGACAUUGAUAAGAUCUAUGUUCGAACAGGUAUCUACCAUGGAGGAGAACCCUUAUGUGACAAUGUGAACACUCAGAGAGUACCUUGUUCCAAUCCCAGGUGGAGUGAAUGGCUGAAUUAUGAUAUAUACAUUCCUGAUCUUCCUCGUGCUGCUCGACUUUGCCUUUCCAUUUGUUCCGUUAAAGGCCGAAAGGGUGCUAAAGAGGAACACUGUCCUUUGGCAUGGGGAAAUAUAAACUUGUUUGAUUACACAGACACUCUAGUGUCUGGAAAAAUGGCUUUGAAUCUUUGGCCAGUACCUCAUGGAUUAGAAGAUUUGCUGAACCCUAUUGGUGUUACUGGAUCAAAUCCAAAUAAAGAAACUCCAUGCUUAGAGUUGGAGUUUGACUGGUUCAGCAGUGUGGUAAAGUUUCCAGACAUGUCAGUGAUUGAAGAGCAUGCCAAUUGGUCUAUAUCCCGAGAAGCAGGAUUUAGCUAUUCCCACGCAGGACUGAGUAACAGGCUAGCGAGAGACAAUGAAUUAAGGGAAAAUGACAAAGAACAGCUCAGAGCAAUUUGUACACGGGAUCCUCUCUCUGAAAUCACUGAGCAGGAGAAAGAUUUUCUAUGGAGCCACCGACACUAUUGUGUAACUAUACCUGAAAUUCUACCCAAAUUGCUUCUGUCUGUUAAAUGGAAUUCUAGAGAUGAAGUUGCCCAGAUGUACUGCUUGGUAAAAGACUGGCCUCCGAUCAAACCUGAGCAGGCUAUGGAACUUCUGGACUGUAAUUACCCAGAUCCUAUGGUCCGAGGUUUUGCUGUUCGGUGCUUGGAAAAAUAUUUAACAGAUGACAAACUUUCUCAGUAUUUAAUUCAGCUAGUACAGGUCCUAAAAUAUGAACAAUAUUUGGAUAACUUGCUUGUGAGGUUUUUACUGAAGAAAGCAUUGACUAAUCAAAGGAUUGGGCACUUUUUCUUUUGGCAUUUAAAAUCUGAGAUGCACAAUAAAACAGUUAGCCAGAGGUUCGGCCUGCUCUUGGAGUCCUAUUGUCGUGCAUGUGGGAUGUAUCUGAAGCACCUGAAUAGGCAAGUCGAGGCGAUGGAAAAGCUCAUCAACUUGACUGACAUCCUCAAGCAGGAGAAGAAGGAUGAAACACAAAAGGUACAGAUGAAGUUUUUAGUUGAGCAAAUGAGGCGACCAGAUUUCAUGGAUGCUCUACAGGGUUUUCUAUCUCCUCUAAACCCUGCUCAUCAACUGGGAAAUCUCAGGCUUGAAGAGUGUCGAAUUAUGUCCUCUGCAAAAAGGCCACUGUGGCUGAAUUGGGAGAAUCCAGACAUCAUGUCAGAGUUACUGUUUCAGAACAAUGAGAUCAUCUUUAAAAAUGGGGAUGAUUUACGGCAAGAUAUGCUAACACUUCAAAUUAUUCGUAUUAUGGAAAAUAUCUGGCAAAAUCAAGGUCUUGAUCUUCGAAUGCUACCUUACGGUUGUCUGUCCAUCGGUGACUGUGUGGGGCUUAUUGAGGUGGUGCGAAAUUCUCACACUAUUAUGCAAAUUCAGUGCAAAGGUGGCUUGAAAGGUGCACUGCAGUUCAACAGCCACACACUGCACCAGUGGCUCAAAGACAAGAACAAAGGAGAAAUAUACGAUGCAGCCAUUGACCUGUUUACGCGUUCUUGUGCUGGAUAUUGUGUAGCUACCUUCAUUCUGGGGAUUGGAGAUCGUCACAAUAGUAACAUCAUGGUGAAAGAUGAUGGACAACUGUUUCAUAUAGAUUUUGGACACUUUUUGGAUCACAAGAAGAAAAAAUUUGGUUAUAAACGAGAACGUGUGCCAUUUGUUUUGACACAGGAUUUCUUAAUAGUGAUUAGUAAAGGAGCCCAGGAAUGCACAAAGACAAGAGAAUUUGAGAGGUUUCAGGAGAUGUGUUACAAGGCUUAUCUAGCUAUUCGACAGCAUGCCAAUCUCUUCAUAAAUCUUUUCUCAAUGAUGCUUGGCUCUGGAAUGCCAGAACUACAAUCUUUUGAUGACAUUGCAUACAUUCGAAAGACCCUAGCCUUAGAUAAAACUGAGCAAGAGGCUUUGGAAUAUUUCAUGAAACAAAUGAAUGACGCACAUCAUGGUGGCUGGACAACAAAAAUGGAUUGGAUCUUCCACACAAUUAAGCAGCAUGCACUGAACUGAAAAGACCGAGAAACUGAAAGCUCACUCUCUGGACUCUACACUGCACUGUUGAUAACUGUCAGCAGGCAAAGACUGAUUGCAUAGGAAUUGCACAAUCUAUGAACAGCAUUAGAAUUUACAACAAGAACAGAAAUAAAAUACUAUAUAAUUUAAAUAAUGUAAAUGCAAACAGGGUUUGAUAGCACUUAAACUAGUUCAUUUCAAAAUUAAGCUUUAGAAUAAUGCGCAAUUUCAUGUUAUGCCUUAAGUCCAAAAAGGUAAACUUUGAAGAUUGUUUGUAUCUUUUUUUAAAAAACAAAACAAAACAAAAAUCCCCAAAAUAUAUAGAAAUGAUGGAGAAGGAAAAA